ACUGACCCAAAUCUGGGGUUUUUUUUGGCAGGAACGGACAGAAAACGCGGCCGCCAGACCUACACCAGGUACCAAACCUUGGAGCUGGAGAAGGAAUUCCACUACAACCGCUACCUGACCCGGAGGAGACGCAUCGAGAUCGCCCACGCGCUCUGCCUGAGCGAGAGGCAAAUCAAAAUCUGGUUCCAGAACCGCCGCAUGAAGUGGAAAAAAGAAAAUAAAACCUCCUGCCCCGGCUCCGGCGGGCAGGAGAAAGCGGACGCCGAGGAGGAUGAAGAGGAGUGAAAAAAA